UUUCCAGCCCCAUGAACAAAGACCAACAUGCUGCUAGUUGUGGUGGAGAACCCAGUGCUCCCCAUAUCCCACCACCCUUAAACCCCGUGUUCUCCUGCUAGCUUGGAGGAGGGACGAGAUGAGCCGCAACCAUGGGAAGAACCCCAAGGUGGACCUGAAGCUGAACCUGUCGGCGAAGCAGGUGAGGGCGAGAGGGGGGCCGUCGACGAGGGCGGUGGUGGUAUCGGAGGACGAGGAUGACUCAUCCUCGUCGCCGUCCGUAUCGCCGCCGAGCUCGUGCGUGUCUUCCGAGGAGGAGCAGAAGCAGGCCGACAGCCCGGAGGCGACGUCGUCGAUGGUGCUCGCCGGGUGCCCCCGCUGCCUCAUGUACGUCAUGCUCUCGGAGAAGGACCCCAAGUGCCCCAAGUGCAAGAGCACGGUGCUGGUGGACUUCCACCGCGGCAGCACCAGCUCCCGCAGGAGCAGGAGGAGCUGACGACGACGGCUGCAUCCCCUGCUGCUGCUGCUGCAUGUCACUGCUUGCUCAUAUGCUUCUCGUGAUAUCUUCUCCACUCCUCCCCUCCUCAUGGACUCUCUCUCUCUGUCUCUCUAGAUUCCUGUUGGUGAAGAUUAUGUACAUGGGUGAACCUGAUUAACCCAAACUUAAUCGAAUCUAAGUUACAUAGUGUUUGCAGA